AUGAGCGAUAUAUGUAAUGAACAAAUGAACCCCGUUGAACCCGGUGUGUUUAUGAUGCAGGUUAAUGAGGAGGUUAAUGUUCUGUGUCUCGUUGGAGGGUCGUCGUUCAGGGCGGAUGGUCAAUGUGGCCACCUGCGACCCGGGGGCCAGCUGGGACGCCCGGGGUCAGCUGGGACGCUCCGGGCCAGCUGGGACGCCGGGGGCCAGCUGGGACGCCCCGGGCCAGGUGGGACGCCCGGGGCCAGCUGGGACGCCAGGGGCCAACUGGGACGUCACCACCUGCGCCCCGGGCGAGCUGGGACGCCUGGGGGCCAGCUGGGACGCCCGGGGCCAGCUGGGACGUCCGGGGCCAGCUGGGACGCCCGGGGCCAGCAGGGACGCCAGGGGCCAGCUGGGACGUCACCAUUUGCGCCCCGGGCGAGCUGGGACGCCUGGGGGCCAGCUGGGACGCCCGGGGCCAGCUGGGACGCCCCAGGCCAGCUAAGACGCCGGGGGCCAGCUGGGACGCACGGGGCCAGCUGGGACGCCCCAGGCCAGCUAAGACGCCGGGGGCCAGCUGGGACGACCGUGGCCAGCUGGGACGCCUCGGGCCAGCUGGGACGCCCGGGCCAGCUGGGACGCCCGGGCCAGCUGGUGGAGCAACACACCACAGUCAGGAGCCAGCUGCACUGCUCAAGCGGGACCGAUGAAGGGCGUCCGGCCCCGGUCGAAUAUGUUAAUCCCGGGGACUGGACCAUGUCCCAGGAGAGUGGUAAUCCCGGGGACUGGACCAUGUCCCAGGAGAGUGGUAAUCCCGGGGACUGGACCAUGUCCCAGGAGAGUGGUAAUCCCGGUGACUGGACCAUGUCCCCGGAGAGUGGUAAUCCCGGGGACUGGACCAUGUCCCAGGAGAGUGGUAAUCCCGGGGACUGGACCAUGUCCCAGGAGAGUGGUAAUCCCGGGGACUGGACCAUGUCCCAGGAGAGUGGUAAUCCCGGUGACUGGACCAUGUCCCCGGAGAGUGGUAAUCCCGGGGACUGGACCAUGUCCCAGGAGAGUGGUAAUCCCGGGGACUGGACCAUGUCCCCGGAGAGUGGUAAUCCCGGGGACUGGACCAUGUCCCAGGAGAGUGGUAAUCCCGGUGACUGGACCAUGUCCCAGGAGAGUGGUAAUCCCGGUGACUGGACCAUGUCCCAGGAGAGUGGUAAUCCCGGUGACUGGACCAUGUCCCAGGAGAGUGGUAAUCCCGGUGACUGGACCAUGUCCCAGGAGAGUGGUAAUCCCGGGGACUGGACCAUGUCCCAGGAGAGUGGUAAUCCCGGUGACUGGACCAUGUCCCAGGAGAGUGGUAAUCCCGGUGACUGGACCAUGUCCCAGGAGAGUGGUAAUCCCGGUGACUGGACCAUGUCCCAGGAGAGUGGUAAUCCCGGUGACUGGACCAUGUCCCAGGAGAGUGGUAAUCCCGGGGACUGGACCAUGUCCCAGGAGAGUGGUAAUCCCGGUGACUGGACCAGCCUUUUAUGCGGUACUGUGUCAAAGGCUUUCCCACAGUCCUAA